AUGGGUACCUCUCUGGCUGAGUGGCUGCUCCAGUUCCAAAAUGUCAAAUUCCAGGAACAGGGUUUACACCAGGCCUGCCAGGAGGCAUACCGGGUCCGAAAUGACCCGGAAAUGCUGGUGAUGGAGAAUUUCGGCCACCAAUACCACAGCGCAACUCGUGCCCAUGACAUCUCUGUGGCGUUCUCCCGAGUCCGGCACAUCAUCGGGCACCUGGCAGCUCACAUACGGUCAGUAAAGCAGCUGCUGGAUGAUGGUAUUCACAUGGCCGAUCUCCUUGAGACGUACGAGGUAUUCGAGGUCCCCGUGCCGCCCUCAGUGCCCAUUCCGCCAGCCGAUGCCCACACCAACCUGCGCGGUGUCAUGACAAGAAUUUUCCAGUCCGGAAGCAGAGACACUCGCUUCGAAAGCUCACUCGAUUAUCUGUACCACAUGGACCAGCAGGUGCACCUCGAGGACAAGCUGUCCGACUUCCACAGCCCGGACCGGAAAGCACCCAUCGUGCACGCAGAGGUACAGAUGCUGCACCACUUCUACGACAACAGGCUGGCGUUCGCGGGGGCCGACCGCUACAUCGCGACCAGCAAGCCUGCCUGCCUCUGCUGCAAGAUCUACUUCCGCCACCACCCGGCCAUGUGUGUGGAGCCUGACUCCCACCAGAGGGUGUGGCCGAUUUGGGGGCCGGUCCUGCUACCUCUCGGCCAGGCGGAUCCUCGCUGGGUCGAGCAACGCGAGUGUCUUACUAGCGUCUGCCGCGAUAUCCGCAAGGAGGUUAUCAUGGUUAUUGAACAACGUCAGGCUAUCUCCUUUUCCCAUCCUGAUUCUUUGACGGGUAUUACUUAUAUGAUGGACGCGAGGCUUUCUGGGUCCGAGGAUGGACAGUGGGACGAUGAUGAUGAUGACGAUGACGAUGUGGAUCCUGAGUCUGAUUCCGGGAUCGAUGGUGGCGUUCGACUUUAA